UUUAUCAUCUGCCAAUACAUCUUGAUUGACUGAUUUAACGUGUGACAGUUGAACAGGAGAGUGAGAAGGAUACCAACGUGGGAUUUUACAGUGGAAGUUUUGUAGCUUGUUAGCUUCGUUAGCGUUAUAGGAGAAGAGUCUCUGAAAGCCAUGAAACCUAUGUAAUAUAGAUCAUUUCGUAAUAUUUUGUCAGAGUGAAAAUUGCAUUAAGAAUAUAGUUGCAAGAGUGCGAAAGUAGAAAUCAAAAAUAAAACCAUUUCUUUGAGGAAAAAAUCUCUCUAUUUGUAGGAUACAAAACAGAACCCUCAUGCAAAUUCACAUUUGAUCUCUGAUUCAAUCCCUUCCACACGCUUCUUUUCAGUCAAAGAAGUCUUGGAAGCUACCCACGCAAUGAGUGGCUGGGAUUUUGCGUCGUUCUCCCGUUUGUUUGUACGCCUCCACUUUUUCAUAUUUUAGGUUAUUUGAGCAUCGUGUACCCUUGACUUUUCUCUUUCAACGGUAUUUAUCUGUUGGGUUGCUGCUUAACUAUAGAAAGGGAGGUCUUGUUUAACGGGUGUCUGAAUAUUUACCCUCUUUGAGGAAAGAGUGCUUACUCAAGAGUAGUGGUUGUAGUCGCCUAUUGGUGAAUCACCAGUAGCUUCUGUUGCCUUAUUUUCACAAAUAUUGUUGGCAGUAGCUUUGGUUGGCACAGUUUGUAGUACUUUUACAAAUUUUAUAGUUCUAUUCCUGACUGGAAUUGCCGCUGUCACUGAAAGAUACAAAUUUUUAACUGAACGGAAACAUAUAAGCAGUGCAGGACCUAUAUGUGGCUGGGGAGUUCUGUCUAUAUUCGGUCCUCGAACCAGUGAUUUUUUUUUCACAAAUGGUCGAUGUUCUUGAUAUACUUCGCAUAGCAAAGGAUGAUACCGUCAAAAACGUAGCUGCUAUGGAUGUCUUAUCAAAUGGCAAAAAGAGAGCUAUGGAAACUGACUCACCACCUCCAAUUUCGAAACAAAUACUGUCUUAUAUUUUCUCGAAACUUACGACCCCACCAAGUACACCUUCAAAUGAACUUACCCGAAAAGAAGGUGUUCAGUCCUCUAAACUGUCGAAUCCUUCAACACAAGAGCAACUCUAUUGCAAUAAUGUGGAGAACAAUAAUAGUCACGUUGACAGAGCCGAUGACAUUUAUUGUCGUUCAUAUAUCCAUUCAUCAGAUGAUGUUAACUUGAUUGAUAGUACGCAUAAGGAGUCGUUGGUAGCUGGUGAAGUCGACAAGGUUGGCUCAUCAUCAGAAGAGGGGCGAACAGAUUUAGAAGAUUACGACGGUUCUUCAAAGUCACAGGGAGAGAAGACAUCAAGUUCCAGUAAUGAACAAGACGUUCCCUCAAAAUAUUUUCGUUACUUGUCGAUAGAGAGUGAUCGAGGAAGUCAUUUUCUUUAUGGGCUGGUAAUUCCUCUGGUCGCGAGAAUUUUAUUGGUCUCAUGUCCUAAUGUCAUGUGUAUCGUUGAGAUACCUGUAAUAGAAAGAAAGAAACAGACUUCACAGUCUUCCAGUUCAGAUGAGUCCAUUCCUAGUGGUAAUACUAGCCCUGGAGAGGGUAAUGCCGAGUUUCACCGCUCGUCUUCUAACGAUUCACGAGGAAGCACUCACAUACAAAGUGGAGAGUCCUUGCAGAGAGACAAUUCUUGUAGCGAAAAGUCAAGCCAUAGAGGAAGCACAUUACACGGGGCAUUCAACUGUUCUUUCAUUACCGACCCUUUCAGGCGAGAGAGAGCUGCACGUCUUAUCUCGAGUAGUGUGGAGGCGCUAACCGCCAAAGUUCAUGUUCCACAUCACGAUGGUUCAGAGUUUACUCUUAGUCGUAUACAACCUUCUAGACAUUGCUAUAUAAGAGACGAAAAAAGUCGCACACUUUGUGGUGCAAAGGUUGAAUACACAAAUGGUUCUUCAUGCGAAGUAACCGUAGAUGAUGCAUUUCAUGUACUUGCUAUAAGGAGACCUGAAUUGGAUACUCCUGUUCUUCUUUUCACGUUUGACUGCGAUAGUCAUGAAAAAAAAUUCCAGGAAUGUUUGGGCUACAAAAAUUCGUUUAUUAUCGAUAUCAAAAGCAGUGAAAAGCCAGGUUUAGGCAAUGAAAGAUUUGCCCGCACCUCAAAGAUUGCAAUGUGCAACAAGCGUCUUCCUAGAAGACUAUCGUCUUCGAAGCUGUUGUCGAACUUUACGAAUGAGAAAGAUGUUACCCAUCGAAAGGAGAAGUCCAUGUCGUCAGUACAGCAUUCACAAACACUUCGUAGAAGUCGUUCGUCGAAGUUAUUGAGCAAGUCACAGGGAAGCCGUACCGGAGAAAAAAGGGAAAGGAGUCCACAGGUGCCAUGUAAGGCGGCUCUGAAUAGGGCAGAUUACUCCCAGAAAUACGCAAAACUUGAAAGUGAAACAAAUGCUCAAGCUGGUUCAUGUAAGAUUCAUGAUACAAAGUAUCUAUCUAGUGGCUUAUUAGAUACUCGUUUUACGGAACAAGUUGUUUCACCUUUGGACAUAACGCCACCGAAGAGAGAAGCAUCUAAUCUCUCAUAUGGCGCAUUUCCUCAAUACUCUGACCAGACUAGUCCCUAUUUAGGACGUGAACAUACAGAGACACAUGAUAACGUGAUGGUUGCUUAUCCGUAUGUUUUGGGAUUUUCGAAUGAUAUGCAUUCGCUUCAUGAAAUGGCCAUGUUACCCGUGCAGCCAAACACUGCUUCUUCGGGCCCCGUUUUUUCAGCUCCUGUUGCUAGUCUUCAUCCAUCUUCACUGUAUUCUGGUGGUUUCGAUCGUUCUACAUACUAUACCAUGCCGCUUGUAUUCCAUCCAACUUCCUUCUUGAGAGAAAAUAAUCCGUUGCCUGGCCAUGGUCCCCAGUUGAAUGCAAAUCAACACAUGGCGGACGUCUUGUCAAAUGGAUGUCAUAGUUUCGAUUGGAGUAGCUCUUCGAAGAGUCCCGUUUUCUCUCAGCAGUGCGGAGUGGAACAAGGAUCUAAAUUGACAAGCCUCUUCUCAUCCACACAACAGUCUUUCCCGCUUCCCGAGACACAAAUGAGUUAUCUGGACAAAGUACACAAGUGGUAUGCUCACAGUGAAGACUUGUUUUCCGAAAAAGGCACGAAGCAGUCACCCGUGUUUCGUGAAAUGAGGAGCCCUACUUUUUCGGACACGAUAGUGAGUAGCCCAAAGUGCACGAAUGCUAGUAGUGACGAUGAUUCGUCUGUAAGAAAAGUAGCUUCAGAAGCACUAGCCAUGCUUGGUGAAUCCCUUAGAGAUGAAACUGCUCAUUCACAGGAUGAGAAAAUAUAACAAUUAGGUUUUCUUAUCGGGCUGAAGUGUUUGUUAAUUUUUAGACUAGAAGUGCAUUUGUACAUUGAUGAAGAUUUAUAUAAUAAAGGUUUCUUGUAAGAGUUUUUGUUAGACCACCGUGUUUAUCUUUAAUGAAAUACUAUUAGGAAAU